GUUCCACUAUUCCCCAACCUUCGUUAAGUUUUUAUUUUUUUGUUAUGUUUUAGGCUGUGCCCGGACAAAUAAUUUUUGUAACAAUCAUUGUAAAUAACAUUUUAAACAUACGUUUCAGAAAUGUCUCAUCAGACAGGAAUCAAGGCUAAUGAGAAAUUGAAGAAAUUCUUUGCCAAAUGUCACAAUGGAAAGACAAGGUUGUUUAAAGUUACUAUAGAAAAUGAGGAAUUGACACUUGCUGCACAAAUUGAAAGCAAAGGUACCUGGGAAGAUGAUUUUCGCAAAAACAUAAAUAAACUUCUGGAAAAUGAUCAACCAACAUAUGUUAUGUGCAGAUUGGAUGGGAAGAAUGAUACUGGUGGCUAUAGAUGGUUGUUGCUUUCAUGGUCACCAGACGAUUCACCUGUUAGACAAAAAAUGUUGUACGCCUCAACAAAAGCUACCUUGAGACAAGAAUUUGGUGGAGGUCAUAUUGCGAGGGAAUCACAUGCCUCAGCAUUGGAUGAAUUAGAUUCAGUUAUUAAAGAAAAAAGUCCUGGACCUCUUACAAGUGAAGAAGAAAUGGCCAAGGAAACAAGAGUUCCAAUUACUAUGGACACAAGUGGAGCUUGUUUAAAUUCUCUUCAUAUGCCUCUUGUUGAGGAAGCAAAAGGUGGUCUAGAAAAAUUUGGUUCAAAACUGGUUAACUAUCUUCGUUUUAGUAUUGAUUUGGAUGAAGAAAGAAUCUUAUUAGAUUUAUGUGAACAAAUUGAGGCGAAAGAACUUGCUUCAAAAGUCCCUGAGAAUUCUGCUAAAUAUCAUCUUUUCAGGUUUCAAUAUGAAUUUGGAAAUGAGAGUAAACAAGCCUUGGUGUUUGUUUAUUCAAUGCCUGGUUACUCUUGUCCUAUAAAAGAAAGAAUGCUUUACUCAAGUUCGAAAGCUCCUUUAAUAGAAUCAAUUGAAUCUACGUUAGGAGCUAAAAUUGACAAAAAGAUGGAAGUAGAUUCAGGUAAAGAAGUAUCUGAAGAUUGCUUGAUUGAAGCUCUGCAUCCCCCUGAACCUGAGGUAGCAAAGAAGUUCGAUAAGCCUAAGGGCCCUCCUAACAGGGGAGCCAAGAGGAUCACUAAGUCUGUGCGGCAGUGCUCUGUUCUUAACUGAUGUGGAGUAAUCAAGAUCUGCAAUAUUUAAUUAUAUCUAAAUGAAAUUAUUUUUAUAAAAUUAUCAGAUUAUAUAUUAUAUUUAAUAGAAUAUUUUAUCAUUAAAAUGAAAUUAUGAAUUAAAUUGGAAGAAUAAUAAAAUGUACCAAUGUGUUCAUAUGGAAUUCUAAAUUUUUUUAUUAGUGAGCUAAAUUUUAAAGUACAACUGUAUUGUAUGAAUUAAUGUUCCUGUUUUAUUUGUGUAUUAAUCGUCUGGAAUAAAGAUCUGUCGUAGACUUUUUUCAUAGAUAGAUGUGGAAUAGAUAGAUGUGUUGUGCUUUAAGGGAAAAUUGGGCUAAGGAAGGCUCCCAUUAUGGGUGGGAGCCAUGCAUUUAUGUAGAAUCUCCUUGUAACUCUAUGGAUAUUUUAGUUAUUUGUUUCUAUAUUUAUCGUCUUUUAUGUUGAUUAUUAGUAAUAUUUUAGAAAACUGAUUUUAAAAUGCUUUUUCAUUGGUCAGUAGUUCUGCACUAGGUUAUGUUCCUAAAUCAAACAUUUUGCCUAUUGUUUUGUGAUGAGGAAGAAUUAUGUCUGAGAUAAUUGUUUAAGUGAAUUUAUAAGUUAAUAUGCUGCAUAUAACAUAUGUAUGCUUAUAAAUUUAAAAUUUUUGUAACCUUUCUCUGGCUGACCAGUUUAUUAAUCGGUUAAUGUAUACUUUAGAAUGAUAUGAUGAUAUUUAAAGAUGCCAACAGUGUAAUCAAGGUUGUGAUGCUUUUUACAGCCUUUAUUUAUUUAUUUUAAUAUUUUUGACAAAAGUAUAUAUAUUUUUUAUUAUUAGUAGAGAAUAUUUAAUAUCCUAAAAAUUUUGCCAAUAUUUUAUUAACUUCCUUGUAAUUUAUUGUUGUUUAUUUUUGUAUUAUAGUGCAGUAAAAUUAAAAUACGGAAUAAUUCAAUUUAAAUAAAGUUUUCACUAUUCUGACCAGGUACAUCAGAUUUCAGCUGUACCAGCUGGUGAGCUUGCAUAUUAUUUGUGUAAUUCUGUUGAAAUUGAUUGUUUAAUAUAUCCAUUAAAUAUAGUAAAUGUUUUAUUAAAUUUAUAGUUAUUGUGAAGAUUUAAUACUAUUUUUAAUGUGAUAUAUUUUUGCAAAUUAACAAUAUAUGAUGCUUAUUAAUGUAGUUAUUCUUAUGAUUAAAAAGAUUAACUACUUAUUUUCGUUGCAGUUAUACACACAAAAAUAUUACAGAUAAUGGAAAAUGUCUUACUAAAUUUAGCCAUAAAUAUAAGAUUUACUUAUUAUGUGAUAUUAUCUUGCCCAA